CUCUCUUCUUCUCAUUCACCGACGUGUCAGUCCUCUUGUGUUCAGAACAGAGUAACACACAGGCCGGGCAAUCCGCAGACAUGGCACCCAAAGGCGGCAGCAAACAGCAGUCAGAGGAAGACCUUCUCCUCCAGGACUUCAGCAGAAACCUGUCGGCAAAGUCUACGGCUCUGUUUUAUGGAAAUGCACUCAUCGUUUCUGCCAUUCCUAUCUGGUUGUUCUGGAGGAUUUGGCACAUGGACCUGGUCCAGUCUGCAGUUCUAUAUGCUGUGAUGACUCUGGUCAGCACCUACCUUGUGGCCUUCGCCUACAAGAACGUCAAAUUUGUGCUCAAACACAAAGUUGCCCAGAAACGAGAGGAUGCUGUGUCAAAGGAGGUGACCAGGAAGCUUUCUGAGGCAGACAACCGCAAGAUGUCCCGCAAGGAGAAAGACGAGAGAAUCCUGUGGAAGAAGAACGAGGUUGCUGACUACGAGGCAACCACCUUCUCCAUCUUCUACAACAACACUCUCUUCCUUGUCCUUGUCAUCGUUGCCUCUUUCUUCUUGCUGAAGAACUUCAAUCCCACUGUCAACUACAUUUUGUCAAUCAGCGCUUCAUCAGGACUCAUCGCUUUGUUGUCUACAGGAUCCAAAUAAAGGAAUGCAAAAAUAAAGGGAGGGGUUUGAUAGGAGGAGAGGAAGGGGCUAAAUAAGGGGGUGCAAUAUAUGGUUUUUCAGUAAAGUCAGGAACGGGGUUUGAGUGGGAUUUGAAUAUCACAUUUCAACUUCAUGAAAUUCAUGAUCAAAUGUCUGGAGGGUCUCUCUCCAGGUCUGUAUUUCUGUUUUUUGUAACAAUAAAAGCGACCAGAUAUACUUGUC